AGACAAUAGGUACGGCAUCUUUUACCUUACGCUGUAUUGCUUGCAGUUUCACAUUUCGUGAAAGCUGGCGCUAUGAACACUGGUAGAAAUUUUUCCGUGAGACUUGCGACUUGCAUAACCUGGGUACCACGUUGAUCGAAAUCGCGACGUGUGGACUGUGGACGUGUCGCGGGUAGGCGGGUCGACCGGGAAGCCGGGUAUACGGGAUAAGUCGACGAAUUUUAUUUCGGCUCGUUCGUUCCCGUCCAGUACGCCCGUAAAACCCGUUCGCGAUCUCUGGGAUCUCGUUUUUCCCCUCGUCGAUCGACCGGGACCACGCGGCAUGGCCACGCUUCUCCAUCGUGCGUCUCCACACCGUUCGCGAUUCGGUUCCACGCGCCUCUAACACAGCCCGGCAUGCCGUACGGGACGGCGGAUUGACGUCCGGCGUCGCUACAGGACAGAUUUUAGACGAGCCUGAGCUUGUUAAGAUCAGCGUGACUCCGAGAUGCUGCCACUUUCGCACAGCCCGCGCGACUCGCGCUCCAACUUCCGCAGCAGGAUCAAGGAGAAGCUGCUGAGUUGGAAACGCCUCAUCUUCUCCGACCCAAACACCCGCAAUCUGUUCCUGUUUCUCAUUCUCAAUCUGUCCUUCGCCUUCGUCGAGCUGCUGUACGGGAUAUGGACCAACAGCCUCGGCCUAAUCUCCGACAGUUUCCACAUGUUCUUCGACUGCACCGGCCUGCUGUUCGGUCUAGCGGCGUCCGUUAUCACCAGGUGGCGGGCGAACGACAGAUACUCGUACGGAUACGUCAGGGCCGAGGUGUUGGGCGGCUUCGUAAACGGGCUGCUCCUACUGUUCAUAGCCCUGUUCAUCAUGUCCGAGGCGGUGGAGCGAGCCAUCGAGCCGCCGGAGAUCAAGCACGAGAGGCUCAUCGUCGUCUCCGUGUUGGGACUGUUAGUGAAUUUAGUAGGGAUAUGCGCAUUUAAACACGGACACGCCCACGGGCACGGAGGACACGGCCAUAGCCACGGUCACAGUCACGGCGGGAGAGGAGGACACCACGGUCAUUCUCACUCCCAGAAUCACGACGAGAGAUACUCUCUCCUGAAUCACAACGACCACUACGACCAUCACGUCGAAGUGGAAACGUCCUUCAGCGGUACGAAUUCGCAAAUCAUGAAGGGCGUGUUCCUACACAUACUCGCGGACACCCUCGGCUCGGUCGGGGUAAUCAUAUCGGCGGUGCUGAUGCAAAUGUUUGGCUGGAUGAUCGCCGAUCCGAUUUGCUCCAUGCUCAUAGCAGUAUUGAUAGUGUUAAGUGUGAUCUCGUUGCUGAAGGAGUCGUGGGAGAUACUUAUGCAGAGACAGCCGGUAGCCUUGGAUCACGUUCUACCGCAGUGCUACAACAAAGUUACGCAGAUACCCGGCGUCUACAGCGUGCAGGAGCCGCACUUUUGGACUCUGUGCUCGGACGUGUACGUCGGAUGCCUGAAGCUGGAGGUCGCCAGAGAAGUCGAUCCCAAGUCCGUCGUGAUGACGACGCACAAGAUUUUCCAGUCGGCGGGCAUCAGACAGCUCACCGUCCAGCUCGAUUACGCUCCUAUGUGAUCGACGAAAGGCAUGACGUGCAUCGCGGAGUGUUGUUGCGAGUAUAACGGAGGUGAUGCGUCUGUCUGCAGACUUUGUCACGAGGGGACGGGGAACAUGGGAGCGCCGCAGAAUGUCUUCGCUACGUCAAAAAUCUGUGAUUGUGCCCAUUGGAAUGGCAAUCGGUAUCAUCUCGGACUACAGAUUGUUUGAGGACCUGGCAUGCCUUAGAAAAACUGCUGACACGGGGCGAUUGAGAAUUCCUAAAGAAUUUCUAAUCGAAUCAAAUCGUUAACUUAAACCGCGCAAUUUCUAAAACACGAUGUAUGAUGGAAAGAUGUAUUUCGCAUAUUAGAUACUUCUAAGAACGGUCAGUUACAUUCUCUUCUCCGGAACAAGUGUCUCUGUUUGUUCAUCUUUUAUAUAAAUACUUUACCUCUGUCGGAGCAAAGGCUUAUCUUUGUUUACAUUGAGCCUUGAAUUGUAAUUACUCAUUACAAGUGAGCAUUUCAGAUCUAGGUUAAAUUUAGCUAUAUCGUAAUGUAAGAGUAGCGUUGCUUAGAUUGCCUUAGAUUUUUUUAUUUUUGCAAUGAUACCUUGAGGUGCGUUUGUAAGAAUAUUUUUUAACGAGACUUCCGAGAACAAAAGAUAGUGCUGAUUCUUACGUAAUUUAUAUAACAUAACUGUUUGAGACAAUUAUCUCGUUUCUAUAAAAUUAUAUUGUUGUAUAAGUUCGAAAUGGAAUCAUGUGUAAGAGCCACGCAAGCGGCCAUAACAAUCUGGGGACAGCUAUAGAGAGCUAGUCAUAUCUGUGCGAGAAAUGAGGAAAGUAACGUAUGUACAGUGAAUAACGCGCAUAACGUGAAAGGAGUACUUUUACAUGAAAAUAUACCUACCAAUUUUUAUACAAUGAUCCCAAAAGAGAGGUUGCUAUUUGUAUUUUUCCGUCCAUGCUAAGUAUUACCUUCCUCGUUACUGUAAUACUUUGAACUCAGAAACGUUUAACUUAGCAUGCGUGGACCAUUUGUUGAGUAACCGUGCCGGUUAUGUAUGCACAAUCUGUUGGACGAAUUUGUGUAAUAUUAUUUGUAUAUAAUUAUGUUAUUAGGCUAAUGCCGAUUGUAGCCAAAUAAAUGGAAUAUUGCAAGUUAACGACGUGAGAGAGAGACCGAAGCUCGUGCCAGAAUCCAAAGGAUCUGGACGAGAGAAUCAUAAAAUAUUUCCUCCUUGAUUUAUACCAUGCAGAAUACUUUCUUCCUAAACGCAAUGUGAACGUCUUGGAUCUUCGAGAACGCCGAUGAUUAACACGGAUGAUUAAGAAAUCAUUAAAAUGCGAUAUUUCCUAAAUCUUAACUUCACGAUUACGUGAUAGACGAUUAAACGCGAAUUUAGACUAAUGAUUUCGUCGCAUUUCUGAGAGAUAAAGGGAUCGUUAGCGAUCAUAGCGACUUUUACAUUCCGCGUGUGUAUCAUGUUAAUAUAUAUUAUAAUGUGCAUUAAUUUGUAUUAUAAACUGUAUAUUAUAAUAUAUUAUAAUGUAAUAAUGCAUUAUAUAAUUUAUAUUGUAAUAUAUAUUAAUAUAUAUGCGCGCACAGAUGUCAAGGCAUUGAUUUCGAUUCUGAUGACGCAGGCCAAUAUGUUAAUUGUGUUAUGAAUAAUAGGUCAUCACAAUGGAACCUUCGAAUAUUUGAUUAUUUUAUGAAGAAACAUCUAUCACUCAUCGCGUGUCAGGCGCGAUGAUUAACGUUCUUUGUUUAGAUUAAUCGAGCGCCAAUGAGAGAGUGUCUGCUAUAACACACAAGAGAAAAUGUGAUUAUGGUACGCGAGUCUUGUUACGUUUUCCUAAUUACUCUCAUUGUAUAUAGAUUUAUAAAUGCGCGGAUUGCGUGUGAGAUUUUAUUAUAAAAAAAAAGAAAUGUGUGUAAGUAAUAAAGAUACACAUUUGCAAUACA